GGGGCCAGUGGGAGUCACUCGGGUGUAAGCGAAGGGACGAAGGAGCUGUCAAACAGCAACAAUCGCCUGAAAUAUUAACCCGGGCCGCGGUACAACAAACAUCGUCCUUUGCUCUUUUGUGAGAACGAGGACGACAGAAUCCGACUUCGAGGUCACUUUGAGCUUUUGGGUAUUUGGACUUAAGCCGUCGGCGACGGAAAACUUCCUGUUUUGUGCGUGUUAGUAGAUCUCAGGCUCAUGUUUGUUAGCUUUUCUCUUAGCUUAGUUUUGUUGACAAACUAGCCACAGAGGGAGCUCCGUUACCAACUUCGCUGUUUCGGGGGGUUCGCUUGCCGUCUUCAACACAUGCUAGCCGCGGAAAAGGCAUGAAACUCAGCUUAAACUCUUCCUGCAAACAACUCUAUGAAAUAACAACAGGUCUCCAAGGGCUUCCUAAACAUCUGUCAAACAUGUGAAAACCUUCUCAUCCAGGUGGACUCCCCAGUUACAAGCAGUAAGAAACUCGACACGUAGGAAACCUCUUGGAGGCAGCCAGCGUGUGUCAACAGGGCUGCCCUAAACAACAUUUAAAACUGAAGUCUAUGUGUGUGACAUAUUUUCUCCCAGGACACAAACUGAGUAAAUUCUGUGCUGCCGUGGAACUCUCGGCACCAUUAAAACAAUCUAGUUUUCUUGUCAUGUGGAUACAUUACAGAAGAAGGCCCAUUUACCCUCACUGGUAUCACCUUUUUUCACAUCAGCAUGGACCGGAAUAAACGCAACUCCAUCGCUGGGAUCCCUACGCGAGCCGAGCGGAUCGGUGAGGACAAAGAUGGUAUCGGAGGGGUAGGGGUCUGCGAGAUGGCCAUGGUCCCGCCCUCACAGGUGGGCAGGGUAUGGCCAUCGUCCUACAGAGCCCUCAUCAGUGCAUUCUCCUGUCUUACACGCCUUGAUGACUUCACCUGUGAAUGGAUUGGCUCGGGAUUCUUUUCUGACGUCUUCAAGGUACGUCAUCGAGCUACAGACCAAGUUAUGGCUCUGAAGAUGAACAAGCUCAGCAGCAACAGAGCUAACAUGUUGAGAGAGGUCCAACUAAUGAACCGGCUUUCCCACCCACACAUACUCAGGUUCAAAGGAGUGUGUGUCCAUGAAGGCCAGCUUCACGCUCUGACAGAGUACAUCAAUGGUGGAAAUCUGGAGCAGCUUCUAGACAGCAACAAACACUUGAGUUGGUCCACGAGGGUGAAAAUGGCCUGUGAGAUCGGCAGCGGCCUGGCCUACUUGCACUCCAAAGGCAUAUUCCACCGGGACCUCACCUCCAAGAACUGCCUGAUCAAAUGUGAUGACAACUGCUACACUGCGGUGGUGGGAGACUUUGGCCUGGCAGAGAAGAUCCCCACCAAUCUUGCUGAAGUAGAGAAACUGUCGGUGGUUGGUUCUCCUUUCUGGAUGGCUCCAGAGGUGCUGAGGGAUGAACCUUACAACGAGAAGGCGGAUGUGUUCUCCUAUGGUAUAGUCAUGUGUGAGAUCAUUGCGAGGGUCCAGGCUGACCCAGACUUCCUCCCCCGCACAGAGAACUUUGGCCUGGACUAUCACACGUUCCAGCACAUGGUUGGAGACUGUCCGCCGGACUUCCUCCAGCUGGCCUUCAACUGCUGUAAUAUGGAUCCUAAACUCCGUCCAUCCUUCCCAGACAUCGUCAGACACCUCGAGGAGAUUCUCGCACGCCUUAAAGUUGAAGAGAUGGAGCAUGAGUGCGUCCCACUCAGCGGGGACAACGACAAGAAGACCAUAAACAAAGGUGAGAAGAUCCAGGGCUUCAAGCGACUGAACUCUCUGGGCUUCCAGGACGAUAAAAUCCCGCCGAAAUCCCCCCGCCCCCGCCGAAACAUCUGGCUCAGUCGCAGCCAGUCGGACAUCUUCUCCUGCAAACCAGGAAGGAAAGUCAACGUCCAGGAUCCUUACUAUAACCCCCCCAUCACUCACGGAGCCUCUAAAGCUCGCAAGAUCAACCCGUUCACCGCCCGCGAGGACCUGUGCGGGGGAAAGAUCAAGUUUUAUGACGUGCCCAGCAAGUCGGUCUUCUCGCUGGUGUUCGACCUGCACUCUCCUCCGGGGAGUGUGUUCAGCACCCAGUCGUCUGCUCGGGGGCCCGGAGGAGCCCAGCAGGAGACGUCGUACUACUGGCAGCAGUUGCCGGGGAGACAGUGUCACUCCUUACCGGUGUCCCCCCAGCUUCCCCGCUCCGACAUCUCCCACCUGGCUGCUGCUGCUGCUGUUAGCUCUAACAACUACGGCUCUGUUACGUGUAACCUCGGCCAGCUCUCCACAACGCUGCCACCAACUAACUCCAGGUGUGACGCAGGCCUGAGUGGAAAUGACGUACGGCAGAAGGGAGUGCUGGGCGGCUGGGUGAAAAAAUACGUUGUGGUUGAGAUCCCGCCUUACUGCAGGCAGAGAGGAAGGGAGGAGGAACGAGAGGGACAGGGGAGGAAGGAGGGAAACGAGGAGGAUGAGCCCAGAGAGAGCUGGUCUCCGAUGGUCCCCAGCAGCGACAGAAACAGUGGGGAGGCAAUGGACUGCUCCACUAGCCUGGUCGAAGGUGAGGGACCAGACAGAGGGGCAGAAACACACUGCCCCAUGUAACACACACACACACACACACACACACACACACACGGAGGAUUUGGUGGAUUUGGAAAAAAAAGAAGGAUGGAUGAUAUCCCCUGGACUGAGGACAUAGAGGCAAUAGACAGAGACAGAAACCUGCCUCAUGGAACGAACACACACACACACACACAAACAAACAAACACACACACACAGCAGAGAAGGGAGACUUUUCCCCCUAGAGGCAUCAGACUGACAGACCGGACACAUUUCAAAGGUUUUAGAAAAAUAAAAACGUAAAAAAAAAAGAGAAAAACCACUUAAUUUUUGUUUUGUUUUUUAAAUCUGUCAAGUGAAUGUAUAACUUGGAUUCAUAAAUCAAGCACACCUGAUGUAGAUAACGAAGUCUCUUCUAAAGAUAUUAUCACCCGGGUCUCCGUUCAGCACAAACAAAUUGUAUCAACACAAUGGACACUUGGCAUAGAGAUUAUUUUUCUGAAAAAGGUUAAUAUUUAAUAUCGUGGGAUGAUUUAGAUGUUUUCUUUAAAAGGUGUCUUAUGUUAGGCAUUUUGUCCAUGAUGAGGUUUAUUGAAGAUCCCUUGUGUUGUGUAUGUGUGAGUGUUUAAAAAUCAGGGCUCGUGUUUUGAUACUUUCCUCCUGUGUUAUGUUAGGCAAACGCUUCUGCUAACUUAAGAAAAAUCCCAUAUUUUCCUGAUUAACAAGACAGUGCGCUGAUAUUACAACAAGAACAUUUAGAGGUGAUUUAGAAUAACUUUGUGUGUAAAAAAGAGUUUAAUCUCUAACAAUGUUAGCAACCCCACGGAUCUAGACUGCAGAGGUAAAACAUUGAAUCAGGUCUCCUCAAGGUGAUUCACCUAACAGCAAUGAGUGAAUAAGAGAGGAGCCACUGGAUGACACAGUGGCCUUUUCCUUGGGUCAGGUGUUCUGUAACAGUCCAGCUAACGCCAUUCAGCAGUCAAAGCCGAGCAUUCACAGGCAGUCAGGGCGAGACAUCCCAUCCAGAACACAAACUGUAGGCAAAUGUUGUAGUAAAAGGACACUGUAAAGUUUUUUUUUUUUUGCAUUUAAAAGUUGCUUCCCAAAAGCCAACUUUCAAAUCUCGGAUGUCAAGAGUUUAUUCGAACGCACCAUAAGUUUUCAAAACGGUCUCCAUCGCCUCUCUAUUCACACACAAUGA